AUGUACACAAAGAGAAUUAAAUUUGUGAACAUCAAGACAUUGCUAAAAAAGGUAUUGUUAGUAAAUCAAAAUAAAGAAGCAGAGCCCCCACCUCCAGUUGUAACCGAAAUGACAAAUGUAGAGCCAAAUGAUUACGUUUUCGAUAAGAAAAAUGAUAGCUAUACUUUGUUCAACAACGACAAAGUUACUUGUCCAGAGCAGUCUGGUAGUCAAUUAACAACCGAGGAUGAAGACACACCAGCACAAACACCAUAUACUGCAGAAAUUGAGAUUACGUCAUUACUUAAAACUCCGAUUUAUUGUGACGUGAUAUAA